AGAAGAAAAAAAAAGAAGACGAGAAGCUCAGAUUGAUGGCAUCAGAAAUUUGCAGGGACGUAGGGAAGAGUAUGUGGCCGGAGCUGGUGGGCAUGAACGGAGAAGUAGCAGCAGCUAUUAUUGCAAACGAGAAUCCAAAGGUCAGAGUGGGCAUCAUUCCGGAAGGAAGGAUGGUGACUAUGGAUUAUCGCUGUGAUAGGGUUCGGAUUUGGGUGGACCAGUAUGGGAGUGUCAAACAGGUCCCUAAAAUUGGUUAACACUUAGCACUUAGCAGGGCUAGCUGUAGCUAAUGGGUUUCCUAUUCAUUCGCCUGUUCUAUUUGUAAAUGUGGUCUUACUCAAGGAAUACAUCUCAUAUUAUACUUACGCUGUUUCAGUAAUAUAUUUUAAC